GUGAAAACGCCCUCAAAGCGACCGUUUUAAUACCCUCCAACGGUCACAUGGCCAAUGGAUUGCUUCAAAUAUUCACUUGACAACACGUCAACGCCUUGACUGUAGGACUGAAUAGUCAUUUCAUUAUUUCGCUCUUUCUUUUGAGGGCGUUUUAGUCAUUUCAUGAUAUUCCCAAGGGCCAAGAGAACCAAAAUUGAAAGCAAGCCACUGGCAGUGGAGAGAUCAAAAGGAGGAAGAAGAAGGUGAAGCAAAGAAAGAAAAGAAGAAAUUUCGAUAAGCGAGUUGAUUAAUCUUCGUAUCUUGGUUGCUACAUUUGCGAGAUUGAAGGAGAAUCGAAAGAUGGGUGAGUCGAGUGACUCAGUGUCUAUUGAUAUAGACAUGGUUUCUUUUGGAGAGAAGGAGUGUGUGGUGGUGAAAACAAGCAGAGGAGCAAUCUCUGUGUGUGUUUGUGGUGAUCAAGAAAAGCCUGCUUUGAUAACAUACCCAGAUGUUGCUCUCAAUUACAUGUCUUGUUUCCAAGGCCUAUUAUAUUGCCCAGAUGCAGCUUCUUUACUGCUUCAUAACUUUUGCAUCUACCAUAUUGAUGCCCCGGGACAUGAGUUGGGAGCUGAUGUGAUAUCUUCAGAUGCUCCAUUGCUUAGUGUGGAUGAUUUAGCAGACCAGGUGGCUGAAGUGCUUGAUUACUUUGGGCUAAAGCAGGUUCUGUGUUUGGGUGUCACAGCGGGUGCCUACAUCCUUACUCUCUUUGCGAUGAAGUAUAAGGAACGGGUGCUUGGGUUGAUUCUUGUCUCCCCUAUUUGCAGAGCACCUUCGUGGCCGGAAUGGGUCUACAACAAGAUAUUGCUGAACUUGUUAUAUUUCUAUGGUAUGUGUGGUGUCUUGAAAGAAUGUCUUCUUCAGCGCUAUUUCAGUAAGGAAUUUAGGUGCGGCAUGCAUGGUUCAGAAUCAGACAUCAUCCAGGCUUGCCGAAGGCUGUUGGACGAGAGACAAAGUUUGAAUGUAGUGCGCUUUCUUCAAGCAGUUAAUGAGAGGCAUGACAUUACAGAGGGCUUGAAUAAAUUGCAGUGUAAGACGCUUAUGUUUGUGGGUGAAAGUAGUCCUUUCCAUGCUGAAUCUGCAUAUAUGAGUACCAAAAUGGGCAGAAAGAAAUGUGCUCUCGUUGAGGUUCAAGCAUGUGGCUCUUUGGUCACAGAAGAAGAUCCAUAUGCCAUGUUAAUCCCAAUUGAAUUCUUUCUCAUGGGGUUAGGAUACUGCAGACAACCAUAUUUCGCUUCCUCAUCAAGCAAUGGCACGAAUCCUGCGAGCCCUGCAAGCUACUCAUGUAUAACACCCGAACUCUUAUCUCCGGAGAGUCUGGGAAUCAAGUUGAAGCCCAUCAAAACUCGUAUGGAUAUUGAAAUUUGAUGCUGAAGUACAAAAACUUCCUUGAAUAAUAAUCCCAGCUCUGUUUAUAAUUGUAGCCACGGUUAUUAGUGUAUACCGUUUACAGGGUAGCAUAUUCAUAUUCUUUGAUUGGUGUUGUAAGGUAGAUAGUUUUGGUACUUCAGGUUCAAAUAUUGGAUUCAUUAUAUUGUAUUGUAAAAGUCAUAGAUGUACAAUCAGUUUCUAGGAGCAUUCUCUUCUAUUAAGACUAGUAGCACCAAGAAGAACAAGAAAGAAAUUGGGAUUACCCAUCAUUAUCAUUUUUCCA